GCGGCGGCAGUGCGCUCAGGGGAGCAGGUGGAGGCGAGCUGGGGCAGCGGGGGCACUUUCUAGGGGUGGCAUGGCCAGUACCGGAAUGGCGCCCUAGAAAUGUGCCGCCCUAAGCACCUGCUUGUUUUGCUGGUGCCUAGAGCCGGCCCUGCCUGUGUGACCACAGAACACGAGAGCUCUCAGCCUGGGCGGGAGGAAUGUAAGGAAUUAAUUGCAUGCAGGCUGCUGGUUUCAUUUUCAUUCUCUGGGCUGCUCUUCUCAAUGAAUCUUCAGACUCUGAAUGAGUUUCCACAAACCCCCACUCUGGGUAUCUUCACGGAGAGAUUUCAGUUGUCGUGUGGCAGAGAGACGGUUUCCAAUUUCUGCUCUUGACCUGCCUCGGAAAGCAAAGCGUGUUGGCCGGGGCGUGGAGCCAACCACCGGAGAAGGUGACAUCACAGCAGCUUCAAGAAUCACAGGCUGUUAAUUGCACAGAUGUCUCAUGAAAUGGAAAGACCCAGCAUCCAAACUCCCCUGAUCAUCCCCAAACCUCGGGGGGAACGGGCUCACUAUGCAACCUGGGGCUUCAUUGCUCUUUGCGUCUUUGCCCUGUAUUACAUGGAGCAGUCCUGGCACCAUGUCGCAGAGAACCUCACCUUCUCCUUAAUGGCCCUGCAGAUCGGAGUGCUGCUCAAAGGGGUUUGCAACUUCGUGGAAGAGAUUUGGCACGUGCAAUCCAGACACCACAGCAGCUGGUGGAGGGUGGUGAAUGCCUGCCUGAGCCCGAGUCUGCGCUGCUACACGCUCCUGCUGCUGGUCAACGUCUGCACCUACAUGGCCCUACUCAGGGACACCGGGAUGCAGCUCUUCCUCAACCUCAUCCUCGUCUGCCUCUGCCAGCUCCUCAGCUUCGCCUUUGGGCUUCAGAGUCCCUCCGCAGCGGAAAUGUCUGAAAUCUGUGAAAAGAACAACCGCAACGUAGCACAUGGACUAGCCUGGUCUUACUAUGUGGGGUAUUUAAAGUUAGUUCUGCCACGCAUUAAAGAAUUGAUCAGCGAGUUUAACAGAGCCAAUAACACUUUGCUGAAGUGCAAGGAGACCUGGAAAUUGCACAUCCUUCUCCCAAUGAGCUGUGAGAUAUACGAUGAUCUGCAGAAGGCUGACAGCCACAUCCAGUACUGGAAGGAUCUCCCAGCGCUGCAGCUCGACCGGGCUGGCACUAAAUGGAGAAGCUACAAACAAAGCAUCUAUAAAAUUUUGGGUGAAGACAAAAAGCUGAAUUACUGCAUUGUGGAGUACGCCCCUCCGCUGCAGUCCCUCUACGCUAUGUCCCAGGAUGAAAGCGCCGCCUUCAGCCGGGAGGAUCGCCUGGAGCAAGCCCAGCUCUUUUGCAGGACCUUGGGGGAGAUCUUACAGCGCUCCAAGGAGUGCGCAGGCUGCUACCGGCUCAUUGUGUAUGAGGAGUCAGGAGACAGCGACAGCCAUUUCCUGUCAAAGGAGAUCCUAAGGCACAUCAGACAGCAGCACCUGGAGGAAUACACCAUGUGCGAGGGGAAUCAUGAGCCCACCACCUUCCUCUCAACAGAGCCCAGCAUCCUGAUCAGUGACUCGGAGCUACCUGGGCCUCUGCGGAGCGAUGGCUUCUGAAAAGUGUGGAUAGGACUGUCAGGUUACUCCCUCUUCAAGCAUACAAAGAGACAGGACCAAGACAGUCAGGGCCCUCCUUAGGCAUAGGCAGCAGCUGUGGAGGGCACCCAAAAAUUUGGUGCACCUCUGGGUCUUAAUGUCCACCCUUCCACCACUUCCUAUCCCUGUUCUGACCCUUCCUGCAGGCUCCCACCACAGCUGGCUGCUAAGUCUUCCUUCUGAGGGGAUCUAGUACUUAAACAUGAAAAAGACUUCCAGCCUGCCAGACCUAUUAGCACAACAUUGAAACUGUUAAAGAGCCAUUCAAGUGGUAAUGAAGCCAUUUAACAGGCAUUUGCCAACCCAGGUACACUUCAAUCUCUCUGGUCACUUGAUCUCUGACCUAAAAGUCGCUAUAUUACAACAAAAAGACUUCAAAAACAGACUCCAAUGAGAGACUGCUGAAUUGGAAUUAAUUUGCAAACUGGAUACAAUUAACUUAGGCUUGAGUAGAGACUGGGAGUGGAUGAGUCAUUACACAAAGUAAAACUAUUUCCCCAUGUUUAUUCCCUCCCCCCCCCCCCGCCCCCGCACUGUUCCUCAGACGUUCUUGUUAACUGCUGGAAAUGGCCCACCUUGAUUAUCACUACAAAAGGUUUUCUUUCCCCGCCACUCUCCUGCUGGUAAUAGCUCAUCUUAAGUGAUCACUCUCCUUACAGUGUGUAUGAUAACACCCAUUUUUUCAUGUUCUGUGUGUAUAUAAAUCUCCUCACUGUAUUUUCCACUGAAUGCAUCCGAUGAAGUGAGCUGUAGCUCACGAAAGCUUAUGCUCAAAUAAAUUGGUUCGUCUCUAAGGU